AUGACCACCAUCAUUGUUUCUUAUGGAGCAGAGAGGUUCGGUGUGGAAGAGGACAAGCCCAUCAGUUCCAACUACACCAUGAACCGAAGGGCAGAACAGAUCCAUCAACUGCGGCAGGAGCUCCGGUCCCUGGCAAGGCAGUACAAGGCAGCAUCUGAGGAGGAGAAAGCGCCAUUGGCUGAACUCCGGAACAUCAUCAGGAAGAAACUGACGACCCUACGUAGAGCUGAAUGGCAUAGGAGGCGCAGGAGAGAGAGAGCCAGGAAGCGAACUGCAUUCAUAGCUAAUCCAUUUGGAUUUAUCAAACAGCUGUUGGGGCAGAAGCGCAGUGGGCGUCUAGUUUGCUCCAAAGAAGAAGUUAACAACUUCUUGAAAAACAACCUGAGCGAACCUGAAAGAGAGAAAGAGCUAGGGCCCUUCAGUGCCUUAUUGGACAUACCAUCUCCCACUGUCAAAUUCAUCACCAGCGAGCCCACCUGGAAGGAAAUCCAGGAGGUUGUUACUGCAGCCAGAGCCAGUUCAGCUCCAGGACCCAGUGGAGUACCCUACAAGGUGUACAAGCGAUGCCCAGAACUCCUUAGAAUCCUUUGGAGGAUCCUGCGAGUGAUUUGGCGCAGAGGAACUGUUGCAGACCAGUGGAGGCAGGCUGAGGGUGUUUGGAUACCUAAAGAGGAAAAUUCCACCAAGCUGGAGCAGUUCAGGACCAUCUCGCUCCUUAGCGUUGAGGGAAAGAUCUUCUUCAGCAUCCUUUCCAGUAGAUUGACUGACUUCCUCCUCAAGAAUGCCUACAUCGACACCUCGGUCCAGAAAGGUGGAAUCCCAGGUGUGUCAGGAUGCCUGGAACAUACCGGUGUAGUUUCCCGGCUGAUCAGGGAGGCGCGGGAGGGUAAGGGAGACCUUGCGGUGCUUUGGCUUGACCUUGCCAAUGCAUACGGCUCCAUACCCCACAAGCUCGUGGAGACUACCCUGGACCGACAUCAUGUACCCAAGAAGAUCAAAGACCUCAUCCUGAAUUACUAUGGGAACUUCAGGCUCAGGGUCACUUCUGGGAGCAUAACAUCAGAUUGGCACAGGCUUGAAAGAGGCAUUAUAACUGGGUGUACAAUCUCAGUUUGCCUCUUUGCCCUAGCCAUGAACAUGGUAGUCAAGGCAGCUGAAACGGAAUGCAGAGGCCCUCUGUCGAGGUCUGGAACUCGACAGCCCCCCAUCAGAGCCUUUAUGGACGAUCUCACUGUCACAACUACAUCAGUGCCCGGCGCUAGAUGGAUACUCCAGGGCCUGGAAAAGCUCAUCUCCUGGGCAAGAAUGAGCUUUAAACCAACUAAAUCCAGGUCGAUGGUUCUGAAGAAGGGGAAACUGGCAGACAAGUUCCGCUUCUUCGUGGAUGGCACAGCAAUCCCAUCUAUCACCGAGAAACCGGUCAAGAGCCUGGGCAAGGUUUUCGACUGUAGUCUCAGGGAUACUGCAGCAAUCCAAACAACCAUCAAAGAACUGGAGAAGUGGUUAUCGGCUGUAGACAAGUCUGGCUUACCUGGCCGGUUUAAGGCAUGGAUUUACCAGCAUGUCGUCUUACCCCGGAUACUCUGGCCUCUGUUGUUGUAUGAGGUUCCUCUGUCAACAGUGGAGACUCUAGAGAGGAAGAUCAGCAGCUACCUCCGCCGAUGGAUGGGCUUUCCACGCAGCCUGUGCAGCAAAGGACUGUAUGGGAAGACCAACAAGCUCCAGCUCCCCUUCAGUAGCCUGGAUGAGGAGUUCAGGGUCUCUCGCACUCGAGAGGCUUUGCUCUAUCGUGACUCCAAGGACUCUAAAGUGGCAUCAGCAGGCAUCGUGGUGCGAACUGGCAGGAAGUGGAGGGCUCAGGAAAGCCUGGAGGUUGCUGAGUCUCGGCUGAGACAUAGGGCCCUGGUGGGCACGGUGGCAACAGGCCGUGCUGGGCUGGGAGCCUUCCCCCAACCUCACUAUGAGAAGGCACGUGGCAAAGACAAACGCCAGCUAGUCCUGAAGGAGGUGCGUGCAGAGGUUGAGGAGGAACGAACCAGCAGGAUGGUGGGUAUGCAGCAGCAGGGAGCAUGGACAAGAUGGGACAAUGCGGUUGAGAGGAGAGUGACCUGGGCUGAGCUUUGGAAAGCCAAGCCGCAACGCAUCAAAUUUCUCAUCCAGGCAGUGUAUGAUGUGCUCCCAAGCCCUUCAAACCUGCACACAUGGGGCAUAGCAGAGACACCAGCAUGCCCACUGUGCUCCAAGCGAGGAACCCUGGAACACAUCCUCAGUUGCUGUACAAGGGCACUUGGAAAUGGAAGGUACAGGUGGAGGCAUGACCAAGUCCUGAAGACCAUCGCUGAAGCCAUUAGCACAGGACUGGCAUGGGCAAAACAGUUCCACCCCUCCAAGAAAACCAUCGCCUUUGUCAGAGCUGGGGACACACCAACUCCUGCUAGUAGAACAUCAGCAGGCAUCCUGACAUCUGCAAAAGACUGGCAGUUGUUGGUGGACCUUGAAAACCAGCUGAAGUUCCCCAGCCACAUCGCAGUCACCACCCUGCGACCAGACAUUGUCCUUGUGUCUGAGUCCACCAAACAAGCUGUGCUGCUGGAGCUGACAGUCCCGUGGGAAGAUCGCCUGGAAGAAGCCUUCGAGAGGAAGCUCUCCAAGUAUGCGGGACUGGUCAGCGACUGUCAACAGGCUGGUUGGAGAGCAAGGUGUUUCCCUGUGGAGGUUGGAUGCAGAGGAUUUGCAGCCCGUUCCUUGGUCAGAGCCUUCAGCAGUUUGGGCAUCGAUGGAGAGAGAAAGAGGAGAGCCAUCCGCAGUACCACCGAAGCGGCGGAAAGGGCCUCGAGAUGGUUGUGGCUCAAAAGAGGAGAUCCUUGGAGUCAUGGUAGCUAGCGAGCCGUCUGGACACAAGCCGGGGGAUUUGAUCACCCCCGGUUGGGUCGCUUGGAGGAGGGCGUAUGACCAGUU